AUGAAGGAGGACUUGGAGAUGGCGAACGAGCUGCUGGAGCCACUCGAGGGCACCGAACUCCCCAUGAAAGAUGGCCUGGUCCAUGGCAAAGCCAGAUCCACCUACGCCGACGGGGGCAUCUACGUCGGCGACUUUGAGGAGAACCUCAAGCAUGGCCGAGGCAAGAUGACCGAACCUGAUGGUACCAGCUAUGACGGCCAAUGGGUGAACGAUCAGCGCCACGGAAGUGGGGUGAUCCGCGGAGGAAAUGGCCACACCUAUGAGGGGGAAUGGGCGAACAACCAACAACAUGGCAGCGGGCUGCAUCGCUUCGCCAACGGCGACUCCUAUGAGGGGGAAUUUGCCCACGACCAGCGGCAUGGGAGAGGCCUCUAUUGCUACGUCAACGGAGAUGUGGAUGCGCAACUCGCCGAAGAGAGUCGGCCCAAGGACGUCGGAGUGAGACGCCUGGCAGGAGGUGGCUACCAAAAGCUCCAGGACGGAGCGGUGGUGAAGGAGGUGACCGAGAAGGAGGCCAAGCAGUUGGUGAAAGAGAAUGGUUUGCCCUCCUUGUGGUGA